AUGCUCGAUGCUGAUUUUGCUGAGUGGCUGCAAAAAGGAGGCGCAUUGAUCGCUGAUAUCGAGCCAGGAGCUGUGGCUGAAGGCUUCAGGGGUGUUAUAGCGAAAGCUAAUAUUGAGGAAGGCACCCUGCUUGUGGCCGUCCCAGAGCGACUGCUUCUGUCAGCGCACAGUGCGAAGAAGGACAGAGCCUUUGCAGAGGCGCUCUUGGCAACGAACAAACAAUCAAUUGGAUCCUCUCAGGUACUGGCAGCUCACCUGCUGCAUGAGGCUUCUAAAGGGCAGGAAUCCUUCUGGAGACCCUACUUGGCAACCCUUCCCCGUCAGUACACAUGCCUGUCCUACUUCUCGCCAGAGGACAUCCGGGAACUACAGGUGGAGUAUGCGAUGGACAUAGCAAGCUCUGUGGUAGAGGCUCUAAGGUCUGACCACACCUCAGUCAAGCCGCUCCUCAAUGCUCUCGCAACUGUGGCCUCGCGCACCAUGUAUCUGCCGGAUGAUGCAGCUGGCGCGCUGAUGCCCUUUGGGGACCUGCACAACCACCGCUCGCCCCCUGCCGCUGCCACACCAGACCUAGGGAUUCCAGGAGGGGCUCAGGUUCCGGCAGAGGCACAGAAUGAUCAUGGAUCCUCUGGCAGUGGUCAGUUUGAUGUGGGGACACGAGAGUAUCGGCUGUAUGCUCAGACUAGGUGA